AUGGGCGGACCCAAGAGCCCCAAAUUUCAGCCAUGGCGACCUCUGGCCAAUCUCUUCUCUCUCUUCAACCCCUCAAAGCCACCACCGUCGGCUCCGCCCUCACGAGCACUGAAACUCCCGCCGCUUCAACUCUCCGCCGCGUCGGACACGCGUCCCGGGUGGGAACCGCUGGUGCUUUCCAAUGAGGCGCAGUCGCGGCCUUCGUGCUCGGCCGACGUCGCGGCGGUGGUGUGCCCCUCUCUCGCCUACGCGAACACGAUGUUCUUCCGAUCCGCGUACAAUUUUCAGGUGAUCGUGGACGACAACGAACCGGAGGAGAAGCUGCUCGGCCGGUUCAGGAGGGAGGUGAUGCGCGCCGGAGUCAUCCAGGAGUGCAAGCGCCGCCGAUUCUUCGAGAACAAGCAGGAGGAGAAGAAGCGGAAGGCGCGAGAGGCUGAUGAGCGCAACCGUCGCAGACGACCUCAAGCAAGAUUCGCAACACAGGAUAAGCCAGAGGUUUCGAAGAGCAAGAAGGGAGACGAUGAUGAUAACUGGGAUGUUCCUGAAGGAGUCCUUCCCAAGUGACCACAUCGUUUGCUUCUUCAUCAUCGUCUGGUUAAAUGCUGCUCUGCUAAUCUUUUUUCGCCACUUUCAUAUUGCUUCAGUGAAAUGUGAGUUUUCGAGGUCUCAUGACGUUUCUUUCUAAUCCAGUCACUGCUUUCUUUAACCGAUUUUGGUAAUGUGAGAUUUGAUAUGAAUUCGCUGGUUGGAUGAUGUCGGUUCGUAUUCAUCAUAAUCGUUUCUACCACUGAUCAAAUCGAGAUGCUUGAAAUUGGAUGAUUAACAAAUGUAUGCUGUAGUUGUUAAUAUUGGCAUCCUGUGGCUGUUUAUA